AUGCCAAGCAUUUUGAACAAGGUCAUUUCAAGAAAGGAGAGUUCCACCUUCACAGAUACAGAAAGAAAGGAUCGCAAAUGGGACGACCGAAGUCAGGGAGGAGCUGAAUGGACCGUAUUUUCGAGGAGUUUGGGCUGCAAAUGCCCAGGGCCGGAACGGGAAGCGGAGGGCCUGCUGCUUGGGCCUAGAGUUUGCCCUAAUGGUAGUAUCAUUACUGUAGACACCGAUGUGUUGUACCGAAUCAAUGGCCAAAAGAAAUUGGGAGAGGAAGGUCGGCGUAAGGACGCGAUAUUCGCGGUAUUACUGGAUGUUACCCUUCCUCAGAGUGGGAACGUUUGUCUGCUUCUGAAGGAAUUCCGGCCUAAUAUUGAUAAAGCCGUCAGUAGUAAAUGCUUCAGAGGUGAGCCCAUUUCAUUGAAGUUGUCAGGAAUUUUUGUUCUGCUGUUUGGUCAGGGCCACACUCUUGCUGGGCGUAAUCACGAUGCUCUAGUUGACGCUCAGCAGCUCGCCCUGCUGGCCAAAUUGUUUUGCGACCUCUGCCGUCCGCCAGCCAAGAGAAAAUUUGGCAGAAGGUGA